GUUUCCCAAAACGCGGAAGUUUUUGUAAACAAACUGGUUUUUGGAGGAAAACAGGAAGAAAACAAAGAAAAUGUCAGACGACUGUGAGCCCGGAGUGGUUUUGGUGAAGGAGUUGGAGGUCCAGCCGCCGCCGCUCGGAGGACACGCGGACUGGAUGUCUCGUCUCCCGGAGGAGCUGCUGGACGUCCCGCUGUGGAACCUGGCGAUUCCCGGCAGCCAUGACAGCAUGUCUUUCUGCCUGGAUAUGUCCUCUCCAUUGCUCAGGUCUGAGUCCCUCCUGCUCAGGCUCACAGACCGGCUGUUUCCCUGCUGGACCCGGCCCUGUAUUUACCGCUGGUCCACCACACAGCAGUCCGUCCUCAGGGAUCAGUGUGAUCUCGGUAUUCGGUUCCUUGACCUGCGGAUCGCCAAGAAACCAAAAGGGGGCCAGGAUUUGUUCUUCGCGCAUGGCAUCUACACCCUGCUGACUGUCAAGGAGGCUAUGGAUGAACUGGACAUGUGGCUGGAAGCUCAUCCUAAAGAGAUUGUCAUCAUUUCCUGCUCACACUUUGAAUGUCUGACAAAUGAAGACCACCAAGAUCUGGUGGAGUUCAUCAUCUCUCUCUUCAACAAGAAGCUUUUCCCUCCAAAGGACGUCCCCACGCUGCGUUCCUGUUGGUCCCGAGGUCGUCAGGUGAUCGUCGCCUAUGACAACCAGCAGAUGGUGCAGCAGCAUCCUGAGCUAUGGACUGGGAUACCUUACUGAUCACUUCUACGUCUGCGGUCUGAACCUGACUGAAGACGCUCGUUACAUCAUCCUCCACCCCCUGCAGAACCUGAAGACCAUGACGAUGGAGGGGCUCUCGCCGCUGCUCCGCUGGACCGGCGAGCAGCGGCCGGGGCCUGGAGAGGGCGGAGUCAACAUCCUGUGCUGCGACUUUGUGGGCGUCAGUCAGUUCUGUUCAAUAGUGAUCGAUCUGAAUUAUAAGCUGCUGGGCGGAGCCUCAACGCUCGCUGCUAGUACUGUGCCUCAGACGCCAGGAACGUCUACAGACUUUGCUUGAUGUUUUUUUUAAACCAAAAUGAAAAAAUGUGAGAGUGAUGAACUGGUUGCAGCCCCACUGCUACAGAGAUCUCAGAGGUUCAGUAUCAACCAGGAGCUGCUGAUUAAAUGUGUUACCUCCUCAUCACUGGGACCAUGAGGAAAACAGAGUUCUUGCUGCUCUUUAGUUUACAGUGACACCAUGCCAAAUAGAACUAUUUGAAGUCCAUCAUUCUGCAGAGGAAGAUCAGUCACAAGUGGUAAAUACUGUUUUCAAGACAGCUGCCAAUCUUCCCUGGAGUGGCAGCAGAGUGGCAGGUUUUUCUUUGGUCGAAUAUUUUUAAUUUAAGUGUAGACAACUGUGUUACAUAGUUUUCAUUUAUUCAGAAGAGCAGUCACGCACCGCUACCC